GAUUUCGAUGUGAGCCAAGAGGACAUCCCAGGUAUGUGCCACUAAUAACUCCUCGCUUGGGGUUCUGGCCAGCAAAAUCAGUACCCAUAGCUGGAAUACACUGUGUCUGAAAAUUUCGAAGAUAUUAAUUUGAUCAUAGAAGAAAUAAAAAGUGAAAUCCUUCGUCAAAGCGAAGAUUCAAAGGAAUCCUCAAAGGAAAACUCUAAACACGAUGAAGACUCUGAGUCCAAAACUGAGGUUAUCAAGACAGGUCGAUUGAGUCAUUCCUGGUCUGAUAGAGAUAAUCAAAAUUCAAUCACUUCAGAAGAACAAAAGCUUCCUGAUAAUGAAUCCGAAUCGAAGUCAGAUAGGUCAUGGUCAUCAUCAGAGGAAGAGAAGAUUCAGAAGUAAGCUAAGUGAGAUAUCCCUUCCUGCUGAUGGAGAGUACCUUGGAGUUAGAGGCCUCCUGAACAGAAAGAAAAAGAAUAAAUAUUAUGAAUCAGAUAAUAAUACUUCGAGGCUCAGAGCCACCUUGGACCACAAUGAAAUUGCAUUUGGUCUAGAUCUUAAGAAAGGACUCUUGGAGCCAUACUUGACAAAAAUACGGUCAAGUGAGGAAACGCUACUCAAGUUUCUGUGUGAUUAUUGCGAAGGGCUGCCAAACUGGAUUAACAAACCUAUCUCUCUUGCUUGAGGACAUAACAUCUGAGCCCAUUGUUUCCGAAUGUAUAUUAACGAAGAAUUUAACGAAUCUCGAGUCAAAAUUUACUACACUUGUCGAAGUUGCAUGAUUGAACAAAAUAUUUUCCUGUCAAAAGACCUAAUAAACUUCCCUAAGCUCACCCAAAUUUACAGGUAUUGUCCACUAGAAGCGAUGAGGUUUGAGAGAUACUUUAAUGCGACUCUCAACGAGGGAUUUGUUGAAUACAUUUACACGAUAAAGUCAAGAGUCGAUGAACUAGAAUCCUCGAGUAACAGUCUCCAGUCCCAAAUUGAGAUAUAUGCCAAGAGAGCUCAUCAGGAUACACUGUUUUACAAAAACCGAAUAAUGUCCUUUGGAGCCCAAACCGAGAACCAUAAGGUUCAAUAUGACCGAGAAAUCAUGAAAGAUAAUGAGCUAAUCUCAGAAUUGCACUGUCCAAGAUGUGGGAUAGACUACAAAGAUAAGGUAUUCAACUUCAAAUUUCAAUGCUCCCAAUGAACGAAGGAACUCUGUCUGGGCAAAAACGCUUAUGCUCAGAACCAAGCUUUCCAAGACUCUGAAGAAGAGUCUUUGCUUGAAGACUCAGUAGUUAACUGAGUUAUCUGACAAGGACCUCCUUACUAUGCCAGCUGCUCCAUCCCGAUUGAACGAAGAAAAAGGAUCUCCACCAGAAGAGCUAAGAAAUUAUAUGUUGAAAGGAAUAAGGGCAAGAAACUCAGGCUAAUUCUGAAUGAAGACCCUCGCAAAGCAGAGAACGAGCAAAAGAACUCGAAAGCCUUAACUGGCAUUUUCAAGCGUUUCAAGCACCUCAUAAAGGAACAGAUUGAGGAAAAGAAGGAAGAGAGAGCUGCUAAAGAGCCUAAAACAUGUAAAGAAUGUAGUGGUCUCUUUACUAUGAUGAAUAUGGCCUAUAAACUAGUAAAAUGCAAUCAUAUCAUCUGCAGUGAAUGUAUGAAAACAGCACUUGAGGAUGAUUCACAAGAGAACUGAUAUUCUCUCAAAUGUAUAGUCUGUAAACAAGAUGACCAGACCAAAAUUAAGAUUACUCAUUCCAAACUGGAAGAAGUGAAGGACCCCAAGAGUCUCAUUCUCUUAAAAAUAGCUCAAGGCGGAUACUCAGAAUACGUGAUUGAAAAUAAGGAAUCAGUUGACCACAAUAUCAACGAAUUCAGGGAACUUGUAAUCCGUGAGGACAACAUCAUCAUGGAAGAGAAGGGCAAAAAGAGAGAUUUUUGUCCAAAAUGCAUGAAGAAGUAUGACUUCCACAACCCUCCUCAUGCACUCCGCUGAUGUCAUCGUCUCUGAAGAGAUUGUAUUAGAGAACUCUAUGAUGAGAAUGCUCCGAAGAUUAAAAUAAAGUGCGCAGUUGAUGAAAAAGAGCACGAAUAUCCAAAACCUGCUGAUCUUAUCGAAAACGAAGAAAAUAAAGAGCGGUUUGACAACUUUAAUGCUUUUAUUGAAAUCACCAUCCCUGUCGAUUUUGAACUCUUUAAUGAAAUCUUCUAUGGCGACAUUGCCUUCGGAGAUGAAGAAGAACUCCAAAUCCGGGAGGUAUAUGUCCAAGGAGAAGGAAAAUUUACAGAAAAGCUUCGUUCUGGAACAAUUGUCUCAAUGAAGAAAUCUGCAGGCCUUUCUACAUCUCUCAACAGGGAAAAGUUCAUUGAACAAUUAAAAUACGACUGUGAAUGCCCUAUCUGCUUGAUGUUCUACACCAGGGAGAACCCGCCUCUAAUCUAUCACUGAAGGAACCACUCUUACAAAAUUUGUAAAGAAAGUAUGGCUAUGUUCUUAAAAAUGGCUGCUAAAAAGAAUGAAAAUUUGACAAUAGACUGCCCAAUAUGAGACAACGUACUUGAAUUCAACACUCUCAAUAGAUCGCUUGAAGACUGUCUUGAAGAUUUUGAAGAAGACACUGACCUGCUAGACAAGGUUGACAAGUACCCAGAGCUGAAGAAAAUGAUCGAGGAUGACUAUAAAAACUUCUAACCUGAGUUCCUAGAAUUACAGCCGUAUUUCCAAUCUCUC